AUGUGGAACCAAACCAACGUGACUGAAUUCAUCCUCAUGGGCUUCCUCUACCCCCACCAUCUGGAAUGCCUCAUGGCUGUUGGCUUCCUGGCCUCUUACCUGCUGAUCUUGUCUGGCAAUAUCAUGAUCAUCGCCAUCAUCCUCUUAGACCGUCACCUCCACAGCCCCAUGCACUUCUUCCUCUGGAACCUCUCCUGUUUGGAGAUUCUUAUUACAUCUUCUGUCCUACCCAAGGUGAUUGUCAGCUUCCUGACGGGUGACAGGUCCAUCUCCUACCUGGCUUGUAUCACUCAGUGCUACUUCUACUUCCUUCUGGGCUCCAGUGAGUUUGUCCUGCUGGCCGUUAUGUCCUAUGACCGCUAUGUGGCCAUCUGCAACCCACUGCACUACACCAUGGUCAUGAAUGCUCAGCUCUGCUUCCAGCUUGUGGUGGGGUCGUGGGCAAUGGGGUUCCUGGCCACCAUCACCCCCACCAUCCUGGUCAUCACCCUGCCCUUCUGCAAUGCCAACCAGAUCGACCACUUCUUCUGCGACAGCUUGGCCUUGGUCAAGCUGUCCUGUGUGGACACGAGCUUUGUGGAGCUGCUGAGUUUCAUGACCUCCUCCGCCAUCCUUCUGGGCUCCUUGAUCCUGACGGUGGUGUCCUAUACCUACAUUGUUGCCACCAUCUUCAGGAUAACCUCCCUCUCAGGACGCAAGAAGGCUUUCUCCACCUGCUCCUCCCACUUCAUCAUCAUCACCAUGGGCUACGGCAGCUGCAUCUUCAUGUAUGUCCGGCCUUCGGGAAGCGACACCUCGCUCAACAAGCUGGUGGCCCUGCUCAACACAGUGGUGACCCCUCUCAUGAGCCCCUUCAUCUUCAGCAUGAGGAACCAGCAGAUGAAAGAUUCCCUGAGGGCAGCCUUGAAGAGAAGCAUGAACUUCUCAAGGAAACAUAUUAACUUCUGA